AUACACUUUGGUUUCACCAAAAUCGAUUUGCGGCUCGCGAGUUGCAUCACUCGAGAUAAUUCAGUGCACUCUCCUGAAGUAUAAAUUAAAUCGAACAAACCGCGCCGUUUGACCUAACAAACCGGGCAAAUUGUGAUUGCCCUACAAUCUUCAACUACACGGGCAAACAAAGGAUGUUCGUGCGAAGGCAAGUGUUUUCUGGCUGGGCGCUAAGAUGAAUCGGUAGAUCGGCCGAUUUGGAACAGUGAAAGCAGAAGUAAUCAUUCGGAUUAUAGUGAAAACGAUCACGCUUCACGGCGCAAAUCCAUGCCCAUGGCGCUCAAGCUAGCACUGAACUCUCUCGCCAUGCGCAAAUUGAACAGAUACCUGCGAAAGAAUGUUAAGGACAAGUCCACCAGCAUAUUGCGCCUAUGGGCAAGGCAGUGUGAAUUCGUCGUUGCCCAGCAGCUUCGCCGAAGUCAGCAGAUCCUUACGCAUUAUGCUAAAAUUUGGGAAGAACGAGCACUCCGUGAACUACUGCGGCGAGUCCGUGGCCAGGUACAACGACAUGCUAAAGGAUUUUUACUAUCAUCCGCCACCCUGCUGUCGUUCGACUGGGAGCGGGAAAGAAUCGACCUGGAAUCGGUGCAGGAGCACAUGGAUGACUUUCAGUUUCUAGAGCGCCUGCAAAAGGAAACGAUCUACUGCCGGAGGUGCGAAAAAAGGAAACUGAUCGACAGUAGGGUGGACGGUGUCAGCUAUUGCUGUUGUCCGAAGAACGUGACGGAGAUGUUAUCCGUCGAGCGAAAUGCUUACACCGUUUGGGAACCUUAUAUCGAGCAGCCACGCAUGAUAACCUGGCGCCAAGAGGUGAAGCCAGGCCUGUACGCAUAUAAAGUUUACGUAGAAUACCCGGAUGUAACGGCCGAAGAUUUCUUGCAUGUGCAGAUCGACGUGGAAUAUCGCAAAAAGUGGGACAAUACAGCCGUGAACCUGGAGGUCAUUGAUGAAGAUACGUCCAAAGGGUCGAACAGCCACGUUAUUUACUGGGAAGCUUUAUGGCCGAAAUUGUUCGCAAAUCGUGAUUACGUGUACAACCGACGCUAUUUUGUCGAUCGCCAGCGGCGCGUGAUCAUGAUCGUCAACAAGAGCAUCGAACAUCCAAAGUGUCCUGCUAAGCCGCACACCCAGCGUGUGCACGAGUACUGGAGUUACAUGGUCAUUAAGCCGACAAGCAGCUUCAAUAAACCGGGCGUAUCGUUUGUGCUGACUUACUUCGACAAUCCGGGUCUUUCGAUUCCGAAGUACAUAACCACGUGGGUGGCGAAGAAACAGAUGCCCGAAUUUCUACAUCAGUUGCACCAGGCCACGCUGAACUAUGCCAAGGCAAAGAAGCAGAACGAGACGCGCAUAAUUGAGUUCUGGGAUAAGCAUAAGGAUCCCGGAUUCGAGUACCCACCAGACACUCUGCUCGGCUACAGUGUGGAAGAUUUCAGUGAAGCUCAAAAGGAAGAAGAGUCUAGUCUACAAAAAGUCUAUGCCAAAACGAUGAACACGAAAGCCGUAGGUGAGAGGGCUCCAUUAGCGAUCAUGUCGAAGCGGGAGCUAACGGCAGAUACUUCCAAAUCAAGUGAUGCUGCACUAUGCGAAUCCCCCGAUACAUCCAUAGAGGACAACAAUACGCCGCAAAAAUCAUCAUGGUGGAGUUACCUUUAUUCUUAUAUCUAUUUCGUCUGAUUCAAAGAAACCGCUACUGCUGCAAUGGUGCUACUACCUGGUUAGGAUAUAAAAAUUACGAUAACUUGGUAAAGUAAACCAAAGGGUGAGCAAGUUGUUACAAUACAAUUGCGUAGAUACUUCAGCCUAAUAGGGAUAGUAGUUUUACAGUGAUUAAGUACCUCAAGUUCGAUUGUUAAUACACGCGUUAGGUGGCCUGUAGCUAAACAAAUCAAAACAGCUCACUAAGUAGAGUUAAGCGAAUGCAGGAUCAAUGCAACAUUAGACUUAAACCGUACGUUUUGUAUAUUGUUUUGUUCAGUUUUCUCUGGCUUGAUGGUCAGUUUUGUUAAAAUUCAACACAUAUUUUUGCACCAGCAAAACCAGGAGCAGCAUAGAGACGUUAUACCGUUUACGAUUAUUAUAAAAAAAAAAAAACAUGUAUCAAUCACCACGUACCCUUAACCUUGUUAAGCGUUACUCUAAGUAAAAUAAGUUUCAGCAAUGCUAGGAUUUUAUAUU